CCGCGCCCUGCUCGCGGGCGGGAUAAUUGAACGGCGCGGCCCGGCCCAGCGUUGGCUGCGGAGGCUCGGCCGGAGCGUGGAGCCCGCGCUGCCCGCCUCGCCGGCCGACCCGAGGAGCCGCCCGCGCCUUUGUCCGCCGCCCGCCCGCCGACCCCAUGGAGCGCGCCGCGCCGUCGCGCCGGGUCCCGCCGCCGCUGCUGCUGCUCGGCGGCUUCGCGCUGCUGGCGGCCCGAGUGGGCACCGACGUCCCCAUGGAGGCUUGCUGUGCAGACGGACAUCGAAUGGCCACUCAGCAGAGGGACUGCUCACUGCCGUACGCCUCGGAGUCCAAAGAAUGCAGGAUGGUCCAGGAGCAGUGCUGCCACAGCCAGCUGGAGGAGCUGCACUGCGCCACGGGCAUCAACCUGGCCAACGAGCAGGACAGCUGUGCCAUGUCCCAGGGUGACAACGCCAGCCUGGAGGCCAUGUUCGUGAAGAGGUGCUGCCACUGCUGUCUGCUGGGGCGGGCGGCCCAGGCCCAGGGCCAGAGCUGCGAGUACAGCCUCAUGGUUGGCUACCAGUGCGGGCUGGUCUUCAGGGCGUGCUGCGUCAAGGGCCAGGAGACCGCAGACUUCACCCCCGGCGACGUUGGGGACCUCCAAGAAACGGCUAAGAUUUCUGAGGUCGAGGCGGAACAGGAGGACCCAUACCUGAAUGACCGCUGCCGAGGCGGCGGGCCCUGCAAGCAGCAGUGCCGUGACACCGGGGACGAGGUGGUCUGCUCCUGCUUUGUGGGCUACCAGCUGCUGCCUGACGGUGUCUCCUGCGAAGAUAUCAACGAAUGCAUCACGGGCAGCCACAACUGCCGGCUCGGAGAAUCCUGCAUCAACACAGUGGGCUCUUUCCGCUGCCAGCGGGACAGCAGCUGUGGGACUGGCUAUGAGCUCACAGAGGACAAUAACUGCAAAGAUAUUGACGAGUGUGAGAGUGGUAUUCAUAACUGCCUCCCCGAUUUUAUCUGUCAGAAUACUCUGGGAUCCUUCCGCUGCAGACCCAAGCUACAGUGCAAGAGCGGCUUUAUACAAGAUGCUCUAGGCAACUGUAUUGACAUCAAUGAGUGUUUAAGUAUCAGUGCUCCGUGCCCUGUGGGGCAGACAUGCAUCAACACGGAGGGCUCCUACACGUGCCAGAAGAACGUGCCCACCUGUGGCCGUGGCUACCAUCUUAACGAGGAGGGAACUCGCUGUGUUGAUGUGGAUGAGUGUUCGCCACCCUCAGAGCCCUGUGGGACGGGGCAUCACUGUGUGAACUCCCCUGGCAGUUUCCGCUGCGAGUGCAAGGCUGGCUACUAUUUUGACGGCAUCAGCAGGAUGUGUGUGGAUGUCAACGAGUGCCAGCGCUACCCCGGGCGCCUGUGUGGCCACAAGUGCGAGAACAUGCCAGGCUCCUACCUCUGCAGCUGCUCCGUGGGGUUCCGGCUCGCGGUGGACGGCCGGUCGUGUGAAGACAUCAAUGAGUGCAACAGCAGCCCCUGCAGCCAGGAGUGCGCCAACGUCUACGGCUCCUACCAGUGCUACUGCCGGCGAGGCUACCAGCUCAGCGACGUGGAUGGGGUCACCUGCGAAGACAUCGACGAGUGUGCUCUGCCCACGGGGGGCCACAUCUGCUCCUACCGCUGCAUCAACAUCCCUGGCAGCUUCCAGUGCAGCUGCCCCUCGUCUGGCUACAGGCUGGCCCCCAACGGGCGCAACUGCCAAGAUAUCGAUGAGUGUGUGACCGGCAUCCACAACUGCUCCAUCAACGAGACCUGCUUCAACAUCCAGGGCGGCUUCCGCUGCCUGGCCUUCGAGUGCCCCGAGAACUACCGCCGCUCUGCAGACACGCUCCGCCAGGAGAAGACAGACACCGUCCGUUGCAUCAAGUCCUGCCGCCCCAACGACGUCACCUGCGUGUUCGACCCGGUGCACACCAUCUCCCACACCGUCAUCUCGCUGCCCACCUUCCGCGAGUUCACCCGCCCUGAAGAGAUCAUCUUUCUCCGGGCCAUCACGCCGCCGCACCCUGCCAGCCAGGCCAACAUCAUCUUUGACAUCACAGAGGGGAACCUGCGGGAUUCCUUUGACAUCGUCAAGCGCUACAUGGACGGCAUGACCGUGGGUGUUGUGCGCCAAGUGCGGCCCAUUGUGGGCCCGUUUCAUGCCGUCCUGAAGCUGGAGAUGAACUAUGUGGUUGGGGGUGUGGUCUCCCACCGAAAUGUCGUCAACGUCCACAUCUUCGUCUCUGAGUACUGGUUCUGAAGACUGGUCUGGGGCACAGCCAAGGGUGCACCUCCAGGCCAAGUCAUUGCUGCCAACGACUAUGCAGCAAUAGCCUUUGUUUGUACCCCUCAGACAUUUCUUAAAGUUACGUAUUUGUUUGUAGUGUUAGGUCAACAUGUAUCAAGCUGAGCCAGAUGAGUAAGUCCAUCUGAGUAUUCUGGUGUUUAAAAAAUGAGUCCAGUUGCUCAACUGUUGGGUUGAAACCCUUGCUCAUUUUUUAAUGCAAAGGUUAAAUUUUAUUUCCUUUCUCUGUCUGUGGGCUGGGCCUUGCUAAGGACCAAGGAAAGAAAGACAUUUUUCAGGGGGCAGCCAGUCCAAAUGCCAGGAGAAGGCAAGUUCUUGCCCUGAUUGUAUAAAAUUUGACAUUUUGCUACUUUUUUUUUGCCAAUCAGAUAUAUGUUCUAAGGACAUGGCUGCUGUAGAAUAGCACAUAAAUGUAAGAUAAAUUCUCCCCAGAAGCAGCAUGACAACAUGCUUCGGGGAGCACUUAGAAGGUAAAUUGCAGUUCUGUUGAAACAGAGGAAAAUCCCUUGGUAAAGACACAGCCUGCUAGGUUUGUGUGUGGCCCCAGUAUGUGCACCAGGGGAAGGGUGGGUUUUCUCUGCACCCUGCAUCCAUCUUUUCUUACAGGUGAGAAAAUAAACAACUUUGUGAUCAUCCUGA